UAGACAGAGAAACCGGUCUUCUUCUCAUAUUGUCCAGCCAUCGAUGGCACAACAGCCGCCGUCGAUGUUAAACGUCCAUGUAAGGCUACUAGGUUUCAGCCUCCGGUCAAUAACUCCCUCCCCCGGCUGCUCAUCCGUUUUCAAACUCAACGGCAAACCAAUCUCACGCGUCGAAGUACUCGGUGUAGUCACUUCCCGGGACUGCAAACCCAACAAAUUCCUCCGAUUCACGCUCGACGAUGCCACCGAAACCAUCACCUGCAUACUCUGGCUCAACCACCUCAGUUCCCAUUUCUUCUUUGACCGCCAACCGGGAACGCUUCGGGUUAUUGCCGAUUUAGCAAAGCGCUUUGCCGACGAUCUCCAGAUAGGGGAAGUGGCCAGAGUGCGCGGCAACGUCGGCAGCUACAGGGGAGAUUUGCAGGUCACGGUUUCCGAUGUUGUCAUUGAAAGUGACCCCAAUGCCGAGACCUUGCAUUGGCUGGAUUGCAUUAGCUUGGCUCGUCUCUGUUACUUCGCUUAGCUCUGGUAAAUUUCAAAAGGCUUUAAAGCCCAAUGGGAGUCGGUGGUUAAGAAUAUUGUAAGAAAACUUUUGGGCCUGUUGGUUUUCGUGUAAUAAAAUGGGCUAUGUCUUUUUGUUGUUAGGUUCUACGAUAUGUUAUGAAUUGGUCAAAUUUU